UCUUAUGCAGUUUUUGAUUUGGUUAAGGAAAAAUGGCUCUCUGUUAAAUUCGAGCAGCUGAAUGCGUUACCGAUAUUGAUAUCUAUAAACCUAGUCGUAACCAAGGUCGGAAACAAAGCUAUCGUUUUCGGGAGACCGCUCUUGGGGUUGACAAAUAGCGUGUGGUUGUUAGGUUUAUCAGAUGGCCUUCGAUUGAGGACUUUCAGAAUGCCGUCAUCUGAGUUGAGUCCGGUCAAGCCACGAAUUCUUAGUACUGGUGGUGUUAUGGCAAAGCAGCAAGAAAUCUUGAUGUAUGGUGGACUAAAAUUAUCGGACAGUUAUCGAAAAACCUCUGAUCAUCGCCUUCAUCGAUUAGAUUUGACAACGUUGCAAUGGUCAGCAGAAGCACUUGGCAGAAGUGGCUCGACGAUGCUGUAUUUCGCACCGUUGUGUACAGCAACGGUUCUCUUGGACUCAGUUCUAGUUGUAUUUGGCGGAUUCCCGCGCUUAAAUAAAGAAACGCUUACGGUAAAGUCCAUCAUGUGGAACGAUAUUUGGGGUUACUAUAAUUACGUGAAAGCCAGAUUGUGGAUUAAGUACUUGCCAAGAGGAAGAAAGCCACCUGCAAGAAUUUUGCACGCUGCAACAGCAAUCGACUUACAGACGAUGGUGAUAUAUGGAGGAAUAAAUCUUGAUUCAAUUGAACUUCUUUAUGAUUUGUGGAGUUUCUCUCUUCCAACUUUGGAUGAAAACUUACUGAACUUGUCAGAGCAACAGAAUGGAUCACAAUGGAAAAUGAUGCAUGGAUUAGGACCUAACACAUCUUAUGCCAUGUCGCUAGUAAACAUUGAUAACAUAUUGUAUAUGUAUGGUGGAUCACAAACUGUUCUGAACGUGCCUGACAUUUUUUCAGGGCAUUCUGAAGAUAUUAAGAUAUCUUUCAGUUGUGUAAACACAUUGUGGACGUACAGCCUAGUGCACAACACAGGUUGGAUACAUAUGGAAUCUAAAGGAAGAAGUCCAGGAAAUCGUUGCUUUCAUCAAUCACAUGCAUUUGGCAACAAAAUGUUGCUCACAGGAGGUUGCAGUAACAAUGUUGUAAUGCGUUUUAAUCGUUGCACACUCAUAGUCGAGAUCAAGUGCGAAGCAGACAAAGAUACGGAGGGUGUAUGGAUUUAUGAUCCGGACACAAUCAGUUGGUUAGAGUUGAGCGCUCAACCAUUGUAUCACCUCAACGUAUUUGGAGUGUUUAGCGUUGUGUGGAACGAUCUUCUUCUCUCGUUUGGUGGACUACCCUUAGAGCAGCAAUCUGCAACAGAUCACGUUCCAGACGACUGGAACGGCUUUUCAGUCUUCAAACCUGCAUGUCCUGCGGGCAUGACAAGCAAGAAUCUAAAAGUUGAGAUGUGUUACAAUUGCCCCGUCGGUCAGUUUUCCUCAACUUCCCAUUCUCCUUGUUCACAGUGUCCAGACGGUCUCACAACAGAACACGAAGGUUCUGGCAGUCCAGUCAACUGCAGUCGAUGUGUGGAUAACUAUUGUGGAUACGGUACGUGUUAUGUCACAUUGCCGGGUCCUUCUUCUACCUGUCAGUGUCAGUUUGGAUUUACUAAAAACAAUAAAGGAUUGUGCACCGUGGCCACGUUCUAUAUCGCCGCUUCGGGCUUUGUAUCAGGGGUAGCACUUUUUGUAUUAAUUAUUGUAUUGCUUACAAAAUUUAGAAAAGCGAGGAAAGAUCACAAAGUUAUAAUAAAGAACAAAGACCACGAACUGAUGGAACUGACUAAUGUUUUCAACAUUGACUCGAAAGAGUUGAAACUACGAAAACGAAUUGAUAAAGAUUGUCCUGGUGGAUACGGUGAAGUGUAUCAAGCAGAGUAUAGAGAAAUGAUGGUAGCCGUCAAGAAGCUGCAAGGAAUACAUAUGGAACUCGAUCGUAUCGAGUUAGAGUUCGAGAGAGAGAUCGAAGUGAUGAGAGCCAUCAGACAUUCAAACAUUGUUCUGUUCAUAGGAGGAGGUCGGUAUCACGACGAUGGAUGUCCGUUCCUUGUAGUAGAGUACAUGGCGAGAGGAUCACUAACUAGUAUUUUAAAUAAUAGGAAAAUAGAUUUGGAAGAUAAUCUAAAGUUGAGGUUUACUGCAGACACGGCCAAGGGAAUGAGAUUUCUGCACAGUCAACGUCCACCUCGAGUGCAUCGUGACUUGAAGAGCAGCAAUCUGUUGGUGAGUCAACAAUGGGUAGUCAAGGUGGCCGACUUCGGAUCGGCUCGAUUGGUGAAAGAUGAAGGAAUCAGUCAAGACGCAGUACGAGGAGCGGGGCCACUCGAUCUCACAGCUCCACUUCUUGGUGCAGAUUAUCAGUUAUCAUCAGGUGUUGGAACACCGAGUUGGUGUGCUCCAGAGAUACUGAGUGGACAAGGAUAUGGAACAGCAGCCGAUGUUUACAGUUUUGGUAUUGUGAUGUGGGAAAUUUGGUCGAGAGAACUCCCGUAUGUUGAUCGCAAUUUCCAAUCUAUCCUCGACUUGAAAGCAGCCGUUCUCGGUGGCGUUAGACCAAGCGUUCUACAAGACGAACACAGCGACUACGUCGAGCUAAUGCGCGACUGUUGGGCGUGUGAUGAGACCUCCAGACCUACGUUUCACGAGAUUGCGAUCAGACUGGAAGAAAUGAGCGACAACUAUUGUCCUUUUGGCGAAAAGAAGUAGUUUACACGUUAUCGUUUGCUUGCUGUCGUUUAAUUAAUUAAUAGUGUUAAUUGUUUGCUGAAGAUUAGAAUACGAUGCUGUUCUGCAUUUAGUCUAGAUAAUCAGCAAUAGACUGCGUCAGAACUGCUGCAGCUGAUUCUAUUGAUAUUAAUGUCAACGCUUGCUUAUUCAUUGUCACACCAAGUUGGUGUAAUGUCAGAUCAAAUUUGACUAUGGUUAUCUCAAACGUAUAUUUGAA